AUCAGUUUUCCAUUGGCUGGUUGGCCCAUUUCAGUGGGAUUCCAUCUACUAUAAAAACACAAACAACAAGAAGCAAGAACAUCUAUAACAGCAGCUACAAUAAUAGCUUAACCUAUGGGUGUAAACACAGGCACUUAGAUAGUACUUUAGCAGGUGCAUCAUAUCUCUCUAGCAAAAUAAUUGCAGUGGCUUCCCACUGGGGUCUAUAUUCCUCCCUGCCACAGGGGGUUGGUCUGGUCUACAGUACCAGCUGUGUCUUCCACCCCUAGGAGUGGGCAUUAUAUCCAAUUGAAAAUUUGCAGGUUGUACAUACACUAGCUGCUCCUAGUGCACCAGCAGGAACAGCUUGUUUGGUAUGUUGCUAGUGCAAUAAGAGGGAUCCAUAGUUGAGAAGAAUUAUAGGGGACGAUUCUCCCCCAGUCAUCUGCUUAUCGCCUUUGGCACCAUGAAAGCCACCCAUCCAGUGGCAGGUAAUUUCCAACUUAGUCCAAGCUUCAUUUCUCCCUCUCCUGGCACUAGGAUCUUCAUUUUAAAACCAUACUGCUUCUGGAAGGGCUUUCUUCCAUCCCUGCAGGGUUCCUUCUGUGCUUAAGGUUUUUUAUUUGUUUAUUUUUCAACUGUAUAUCUGGAGAAUUUUCCCCCUUUAUUCCCAUAGUUCUUUGUAUAGAGUCCCCCCCUCCCAUUUAACAUUUUGUAACAUUAAGUGCUUGGUAAGUAUUGGAGAAAUGUUCUCAUUAGAAUAAAAUGCUACCUAAGAAUGUUACAGCAAAAAUAUUGGAAGCAGCCCAGGUUUCCCUUGAAACAAUACAAAACUGGGGGGUGUGGCUGGGUGGGAGGGCCUUUUUCUGGCACAUACAAGGUCCUGGAUGGAAUCCUCAGCAUCAUUUAAAAACGAAAAUGGGAAACCAACAAUCUUGUCAUUGAAACACUACUAAACAAAAGAAACUACUGGUGCACACAGAUCACGGCUAAACCUUUCCUUUCUCUCUUUUCUUUUUUUAAGAUAGGGUCUCCCUGUAUCCCCAGCUCUCCUGGAUCUUGCUUUGUAGACCAGGCUGGCCUGGAGCUCAAGAGUUCUGUCUGCUUCUGCUUCCUUGUGCUGGAAUUAAAGGUGAGCGCCACCCACACGCAUGGCUCAGAAAAUCUGAUCGCCACGGAAAUCCUUUUGCUGUCCUUCAUUAUCAGGGAUGAAUCUGCGCUGAGGCUCCACGCCUGCAGCAGGCGGGGCCCACAUGGAUGCACCAGGCUCGUGUCUCUAACACUAUGGUCCAGAGAUAAGGAGAAUCACCACGAAUGGGAAGAUACGAGGCUGGGAUUGAGAAGUGGAAGAAGUAAACCUGCGACCAGGCCAAAGAAUUCCUUUCCUGGUACUGAUACCAAGAAAUGCACACGUCACCGAGUCCCAAGGCCUGAAGUGACUUCCGGCUUCCGGGUCUUGCAGUCUCACACUCAGGCACCGCCAGGCAAUGCGCACUCGCCACUUCCUGGUUCAAAGGUUGCGCUGCGGUUGCCUAGAAAUAGGUCUGUGCUGCUGAGACCUUGAGCGCUCGGUGCAACCCAAGCCCGGAGCGACGGCAGUGCGGGAGACCGGGACCGGGAACUUACAGAUGUCUCAGCAUGAUGGAGCUAGAGCAGGCAGAGGCCCAGCUCUCUGAGUUAGACCUGCUGGCCAGUAUGUUCCCUGCUGAUAAUGAGUUCGUAGUGAACGACCACCUGGCUCUGGCAGAACUGAAAGACUGUACUGAAAAGAAGACAAUGGAGGGCCGAUCAUCACAAGUUUACUUUACUAUCAACAUGAACCUGGACAUAGCUGAGGAAGCAAUGGUGAUGUUUUCACUGUCUUGCCUUCUUCCCUUUAAAUAUCCUACAGUCCUGCCUGAAAUUACUGUCAGGUCAGAAUCACUGAGUCGAUCCCAGCAGACUCAGCUGAACACAGAUCUGAUCGCAUACCUGCAGAAGAACUGUCUUGGAGAUGUCUGUAUACUGAAUGCCACAGAGUGGGUUAGAGAGCACGCCUCUGGCUAUGUCAGCAGAAGCAUCUCAACUUCGCCCACCAAAGAAAGUGCCGCCCAGCCAGUAGAUUGUGUCCUUACCAGACUCUGGAUCUAUAGCCAUCACAUCUACAAUAAAUACAAAAGAAAAAACAUUUUAGAGUGGGCUAAGGAGCUUUCCCUGUCAGGGUUUAGCAUGCCUGGGAAACCUGGUGUUGUUUGUGUAGAAGGCCCACAGAAUGCUUGCGAAGAAUUCUGGUCAAGACUCAGAAAAUUAAACUGGAAGCGAAUUUUAAUUCGCCAUCGAGAAGAUAUUUCUGUUGAUGGUACAACCAACGAAAUGGAAAGACAACAGAAGUUUUCCACUUUCGAAGAAAAAGUGUUCAGUGUCCAUGGAGCUAGGGGAAAUCACAUGGACUUUGGUCAGCUGUACCAGUUCUUAAAUGCCAGUGGAUGUGGGGAGGUUUUCCAGAUGCUCUUUGGUGUGGAAGGGCAGUGACUGAGCAGAAGUGAGGCUGAACCUGUUUUGUCACUGUUCAUCUUUUGAUUUUUUUCCACCCUUUCUUGAAAUUUAAUUUUUGUACCAUUCUAGAAUGUUAAGGGGGAAACUUAAGAAAAAAAAAAUCAAUGUCAUUGAAAUGCAUCUGUUAAAAAAUCUGAGAGCAGCCAGACGUGGUGGUGCAGAAGCAGGCGGAUCUCUGUGAGUUCAAGGCCAACCUGGU